AUGGUAGAUUUUUGUUCACAAGAAAACUAUUGGUAUUAUAGGGCAACAGUAUUUAUUUGGAUUAUUUUGGGAAAAGCUGUCAACCUCUAUGCCAUAUUUCUGCUCAUACUUAUUUACUGUGCUUUUACAAACAGAUCGCAAAUACUUAGAAAUUGUAUUUCAUGCCAGAAAGAAAUAACAGAAUCCAAAAAUCGCUUCAGAGCACUUUCCGAAAUUCUUAACACUGGCAUAAUUAUUAUGUCAGAAACAACUUCAAUUGAAUAUUUUUCGAAUCGAACCCUUGAACUUUUAUCAACGACCUCAGAAAAUCUAGCUUCAACGAUCCAAACGGUUGAAUAUUGCCAUAAUAAAAAAUUAUCAAACUUCACUUCAUCUAAUUUUCUAAUUGCUGAUAUAAACUAUUUACUUCAGAAUCGUAUCUCUGAAGAAAUAAGUUUGGGAAUUGCUUUAAUUGGCUCCUUAAGUUUAGAAUGCAGAGCAAGAUGCAUUUUAUGAGAAAAUAAGCAUUCAUUAUUUUUAUCAUUAGUGAAUGCAAAUGAAAUUAUUGAGCUUGAAAAUAAAAUCGCCAAUGAUAAGAUGAAAACACUAUUCUUGAGAUCUGUUUCUCAUGAGCUAAGAACUCCAUUAAACUCAAUUAUUUGCUUCACAAAUGAGCUUUUGGAUAGUCCUACGCUUGUAUGCUCUGAAGAGGAGCACACAAAGCUAGGGAUUAUUGCUGUUUCAAGCAAAUUAAUGCUUUCCAUGAUAAAUAAUCUGCUUGAUUAUUCAAAAAUUCUUUCUGGGGCACUUUCAGUGCAAAAAUCCUAUUGCGAUAUCCGUGAAAUUAUAAAGAAUACCCACGAACUUUUGGAAAUUCAAGCCAAAAAAAAAGGUUUAGACAUUAUCUGCAGAAUUGAUCCAAACCUUCCUACUGAAAUUUAUACUGAUCCUCUCAGGCUAAGUCAAAUUUUUCUGAAUUUAUUGAGCAAUGCCUUAAAAUUCACUUAUAAAGGUGCAAUUGAAAUCUGUUGUGUAACUACUGCCAAAAUGAUGAUGAAAUGCUACAUUGAGGACUCAGGUGUUGGCAUUGACAAUGAUAUCAUUCAAAAAAUAUUCACAAACUUCGGUAGUCAGCACUUCCCAACGAUUAAAAAACAAGGGAGUGGCUUAGGACUAUAUAUUUCUAACCUUCUUGUUAAACAACUAGGUGGAAAAAGAAUUAAAGUUAAUUCAGUUCCUAAUAAAGGAUCGACUUUUCAAUUCUCAAUUGAAAUUUUUGAAUCAAACCCUAUUAGUGAAGUUUGUGAAGUUUUGAGAAAUGGAGAAAAAGACGACUCAAGACCAGAAAUCGUUAUCUCAAACCAAAACUAUUCAAAACCGUUAAAUUCACAAGAAAUUCUUAUUGUUGAUGAUAUGGAAUUUAACUUACUCCCCCCCUCCGUGAGUGAAUAAAACCAUUAGAAAAAUCCCUAUUUUUUGCCCAAAAACCCACCCUCUGUUAGUGAACAAAAAUUUUUUUAAUAGAAAAAUUUUGAUAUAUAAAUGAUAAUUAUUAUAAUGAAAUCUAGAGCUAAUUCUGCUUAAUUUUAAACGAAUUGCUUUUAAAACAUAAAUUUUACAAAUUAAAAUUAAUAUUUGCUUUCCAAUUUUUGCGAAUUAGGAUUUUUUUAAAUUUUCGAAAAAAAUAUUUUCUAUAAAAUUUAUAUAUAAAAUUUUUUUUUAAAACAAAAAUAACAAAAAAAUUUUUGUUCACUCACGGAGGGGGGAGUUAGAAAUAUUGGGCUCAAUAUUUAAAAAAUAUGGAGCUGGAUACGAAGAAGCUUCAAAUGGUAAAAUUGCAAUAGAAAAAGUUUUGGCUUGAGACACUAAAGAUCAGCCAUUUAAAGUUAUAAUUAUGGACUGUGAUAUGCCUGAGAUGAAUGGCUGAGAAGCAUCAAGGGCAAUCGAUCAAAUGUUUAGAGAAGGCAAAUUACGUAACAUGCCAAGGAUUAUUGGCUACACUGCUUAUAAUUCUGACGAGGAUGUUAAACUUUGUUUUGAAUCAGGAAUGGUAGGGUAUUUACCAAAGCCUUCCCCUCCUGAAAAGAUUAUAAACUCGGUUCGAGGAUAUUUAUAA